AUGGCAGCAGGUGCUGCGGAGGUCGAGGUGGCCGGGCUGGGCGGCAAAAUCGCCCAAGAUGGCGCCAAAGACGAGGAGAGGUCCUGCAGUCCUCACCCUUAUCUUGCGGUGGCUGCAGAAGUGACGUCGGAGCGUGCGGCCACACGCAGGAAGAGGCGGAGUGCCGCUCGCCGGAACUCGGGUGGCGCAUACGUGACGUCUGCAGACGUCACAGGCCCCUGCCAAUCCCGGAAGUCCCAGAGCUCCUUGGACUGGGGAAUCGGAGGAGGAGCACCUCUGGCCCCCGGCAAGUGGGGCAGGCCAGCAGGUGGUUUCUUGUUUUUAUUUUAAAAUUUUCAGUUCUUUGUUGGAAUGGAUCGUAGCGCGGGUGUCGGGCUGUUCUUCCCUCCUUCACUAUCUCGACGACUUCUUGUUUGUCGUUCUGGCUGAUUCCUCACAGUGUAGCGGUUUGUCCAUCUCUUCUGCACUAGUAGGGUUCUCAGGUUUGUACGGACUUUUUUUUCUGCUUUUAUAGGGUUAUGGCGGAUUUUGGGGUUCCAGAGGCUGAGGAGAAAACAGGGGGCCCUAGUACGAUUAUUUCUUCCUAG